AUGUCGCAAUACUUUGAAAUACACAAAGGCCUAGAGAAGAUAGUCGGUGAAUCGGAGAAAUUUAUCGGCGUCUUCUACCACCAAAGCAAUCAGCAACUUUUCGUCUAA